AUGACCAACAACGCCACCCUCAAUUUCCUACAUAAUGACAAUAGACUAACUGGAACUAAUUACCUCGAGUGGAAGCGAAAGCUUAUACUCAUUCUGAAGGCAGAGAAGAUCCACCAUGUCAUUUCUACUAAUGGAUCUCCCUUACCUCACACCACUGAAGGUGACGACUAUGUGGCUUGGGAGACCUUCAAAGAGAAGGACACUCUGGCCAUCGCCUAUAUUCUUAACUCCAUUGAUAAGAACCUCCAGAGCUCAUGUGAUGACCUGGAAUCGGCCAAGGAUGUGAUGGAACACUUAGAGCAGACUUUUGGCAAGAAAGAUCGUCUUGCACGCCAACAAAUCUCCUCAGUGCUGUUCUCUACAAAGAUGCAUGACAGUACCACAAUCUAG